AUGCAUUUCAUCAACCUGUUUGGGUUCAGUUUCUGCAAAACAACUGAGCCCGACGGUGACAGAUUGAGUCUGACGCAUUGAUUGCUCUGUUUGGUCGAGACUCGCAUGAACGCAGUAAAAUGUAAAGUGUUGCAGCGCUCGCGCCAUUCUAGUCAUUGCAUCUUCUAUGGGAAAUAUAUUUUCAUCUACUACGCAGCCGGGGAAGUUCAUUGAAGAAAACGCUUGUCUACACAACAGUUUGCCGCAGUAAGUAGUAUAUACAUGUACAAUUUGACAGUGGCUAUUUUGUAGCCAUCAAUUGAAGCAUAUAGUUCACAAACUUUCCAAAUAUCUGUUAACAUGAUUUGUUUUACCGUUUGAACGCACACACACUUGCAACUUUUAAUUUUUUAUCUCAGUUCCAAUAUAUUUCCCACCACUGCUUUCACAGUAGCCGACGUCCAAAUGGUAGUUAUGUGAAGAAUUGACAUGUGAUUGAAUAUACAAGACACAAACUAGGCUACACCUCGGAUUGAUAGGUGAACUUUAGAAUGAUAUCAUAUCCCAAUAAAAUUAUAAAUCUUAUGCAGUAUCAUGCAACAGUUUAUUGCAUCCUUUUCAUACACAUCCUAAAAUAUAAUACGUUUUUUAUGGCAAGUAGGGCCUAAUGACUAGUCUGAACCUUAAAAAUACCUGUAACUUGAUCAUACACAGUUGGUGCCGUUUAAGAUGAGGGAGGAUGAGACAUUUUUUUAAUGAACAUGGCCUUAUUUCUAUUACAGCAUAUUGGAUGACUGUCAUUCAUAUCCAUUAUGAAAAAAGAUUGCAGUCAAGAGUGCAAUAUAACUGUAGGACACUGUUUUUUUACUGCAGUAAUUGUGCAGUGCAACUGCAGUUACAGUGCAGUACACUGCAGUUACUCUGCAAUCACUGAGUCCAAAAUACCACAGUCGACUGCAGUUACUGCACUUUUACUGCAGUUUCAAAACUGCAAUCUUUUUUGUAAGGGAUUCCAUUCACCCAGCUCAAUGUAACAUCGAUAUGUUUAGGCUACUACAUGAUACUAGAAUUUUCCCUGUACCCACUAUGAGGUUGCAACAACCUAGCCUUUGAAUGAACGUUUACAACGUAGGUGCACAGGUCGAGAGAUUUUUGAGUAAUCAAGGUGGCAGACAGUGACACAUUCAAUACCGCUUUGCACACUCUUGCCUGCAUCUAGCUGAUCUAGGGUGUAAUCAUUACUCCAACACUUUCAAACAAGAGUUUCUAUUGGACAAAUUCAGGUAUGUUUAUCCCUGUUUAAUUGCGUUUGCUUCUGUUUAAGAAAUAGUUUUUUUCAACAGAAUCGGCACAAUUAAUACACCACUGAUCACAAGCAAACACAGUUUACUUUCAUAGCAGCCCCAUACAAACAGCUAGUUGUAUAUAUAAUUCCUUCUCGCAUGUAUCUACGCGCUCUCCUCCUCACCUUUUCCCUUCACUUAUUGACUUCAGGGCACAACACAUCAGAUGUCUGUGACCAGGCGAAAAACCUUUCCAAGCCAAACCUUCAUAUCAUGACCCGCUACACACAGCCUACAUCGUUGUCACGGUAUAGUCAACAUAGCUACUAGAACUAACGCGUUAGUAAACCCGCUAGCUACAAUCAUGCAGCACAGUGUACAGUCAGCAGCGAGCAGUUACACAGGCGGGCCCCGGUGUUAGAUAGCCAUAGCCAGCCAGCUAAAAUAUCAUCCCUCUCUGUUUGAGCCUGGUGUUUGAGUAGGCUAAACUAGCUAGCUGCAUUUGAAGCUAGCUUAGAAAGUGAAAGUGAAAAAAAGAAUACUAGGAAAUAUAGCUAGCUCUCUCUCUUUUGCUUCUCCUUAAUUCUGGAAGAAAUUAAGUUGUUCAACUAUUGUCUUUCUCACUCUUUGUGUCAACUACUCACCACAUUUUAUGCACUGCAUUGCUAGCUAGCUGUAGCGUAUGCUUUCAGUACUAGAUUCAUUCUCUGAUCCUUUGAUUGGUUGGACAACAUGUCAGUUCAUGCUGCAAGAGCUAUGAUAGGUUGGAGGACGUCCUCCAGAAGUUGUCAUAAUUACUGUGUAAGUCUAUGGAAGGGGUCGAGAACCAUGAGCCUCCUAGGUUUUGUUUUGAAGUCAAUGUAACCAGAGGAGGACAGAAGCUAGCUGUCCUCCAGCUACACCAGGGUGCUACCCUACAGAGUGCUGUUGAGGCUAGUGUACUGUAUACCUUCAUUGCAAAACAGUGUGUUUUAAUCAAUUAUUUGGUUAUAUGUGAAUAUAUUUAGUAUAGUUUUAUCUAAAAAUGAUAACUUUUUUAAUGUUUCACUAUUCAUUUGUUCUUCUGAAAUUCACUGAGGAGGAUGGUCCUCCACUUCCUCCUCUGAGGAGCCUCCACUGGUAAGCGGUGAAACGUGCAACAGGUGCUCUCUUGUUAGGUCCCUAUAUCAUCCAAACUACACAAGUAGCCUACUGAAAGUGCAAGUGCAAAAUCGAACCUGUCCCUUGCAGUAAUAGUUUUAUCACCAAGAGUGUGGAAUGUUUCAUGUGUGUUAUGUGGUGUGGCAGUGACACUUGUUUGCAUGUCUAAUCACAUUUGUCCCUGUCUGUGUGUGCUUUGUGUUCAUUGUGUGUGGUCUGGUCUCUCUCAGCUGCUGGAACAAAGGCACUAACUUCUGCUGGUCUUGCUUGGGUUACACACACGCUGUGGGACUGACUGUGCAUCCUGUCCCGUUCACCCCCACAAGAUGCAUAUGACUAGCUUACUGAAUCGAUGGAGUAAGUAACACACUAUUCUAGUCCAACCAUAAGCUCCUAACAGCAUACUUACUACUUUCCUUUUUCCUUUGCACUCAAUUCUUUACGUUUUAGAGCUAAAUGUAAUAUUUUUGCAUUGUAAUUUUAGAAAAUGUCCUUAAUAUACUAUUAUUGGGCCCACUCAAAAUGUCAUUCUAAUGGUGCAGCCUUCUUAUUGGUCAACAAAGGACAGACCAUCUCUUGUUGUCAAAUUGAAUGGCUCCAGCAAUUCUCUUGUUGUCAAGUUCAAUAACGGACCAGUUAAUUUGACAACUAGAGAUUUGCUGGCCACAGUGAGACGGUUCGUUGUUGAAUUGUUACAUGUGGUACCUUUAACACAUUUCCCUCCCUUGAAAGAAAAUAAUUGGAGAAAAUCUAUUGUUGAAAGUUAUUGCAUUGCUUUAAUCAUUUAUCUGUGCACCCCAGGGUUUUACAUUGUUAUAUUAUCCAUCAGCGUGGCAGGUGCUUCACAUUUUUCAGGGACUUAGUUUACAUAGACUACUGAAAUAUGGCUUGUCUAAUGAUCUAACCUAAACUUAGAUUGUGCCAAGCCAGUCACGGUGAUAAAGUAGGUCUAAACUUGUGUUGAAAUCAUGACUUCAUUUUCUACCCAGUUACACUCAAAGCUGAAGGAAAUAGAUGGUACAGUAAUAAAUGUAAUGUACAUGUCAUUAUGGACAUGUUAUGGUAAUCACAGGAUAAUAACAUGACUGGCCAAUUAUUUCACUUCACUGACUGCUGAUUUGGCAAUACCAACUUUAAUCACCAUGGAAUUCAGAGUUUUGAGUGUGUGGUGAACAGUGCGGUCAACUCCCACACUUAUUAUUAUUAUUAUUUUCAGUCCAAUCCAAAUUUACAUUUAUUUUGCUUGGGGGGGGGGGGGGGGGCAUAAGAGAAGACAUAUGAGAUAUAAGGGUAGGCAGUGAACAUAGGGGACCUAAGGGUAGGUGGGGUACAUAGGGGACCUAAGGGUAGGUGGGGGCUUGAUGCAUUGCCGUGAAUUUUGUUGGCACUAAGUUACUCUACCCAGGAGUAGGGAAGAACAGGAACUGUGCAACUGCCACCCGAACGAGGAGGACAAGUCAUAAAUCAGUUAUUAAUUUCAGACAGGAGGCUUUCUAACAGGGAGCUUGUGAAUACAGUAGAGUUGACGCUCAUUAGGGGUAUAGUUGAUACAGUGCUUGAUAUACAGGUAAGACAAAAAAUUAAGUUUACAUUAUUAUAAUUCACAUACUGUAUUUAUAUGUAAUUACCAUCUAUAUAUACACUAUAUAUACAAAAGUAUGUGGACACCCCUUCAAAUUAGUGGAUUCGGCUAUUUCAGCCACACCCGUUGCUCACAGGUGUAUAAAAUUGAGCACACCGCGAUGCAAUCUCCAUAGACAAACAUUGGCAGUAGAAUGGCCUUACUGAAGAGCUCAGUGAUUAUCAACGUAGCACCGUCAAAGGAAGCCACCUUUCCAACAAGUCAGUUCGUCAAAUUUCUGCCUUGCUAGAGCUGCCCCGGUCAACUGUAAGUGCUGUUAUUGUGAAGUGAAAAUGUCUAGGAGCAACAACGGCUCAGCCGCGAAGUGGUAGGCCACACAAGCUCACAAAACGGGACCACCGAGUGCUGAAUCGCGUAGCGCGUACAAAUCGUCUGUCCUCGGUUGCAACACUGCCUUUGGAAGCAACGUCAGCACAAUAACUGUUCCUCGGGAUCUUCAUGAAAUGGCCGAGCAGCCGCACACAAGCCUAAGACCACCAUGCGCAAUGCCAAGCGUCGGCUGGAGUGGUGUAAAGCUCGCCGCCAUUGGACUCUGGAGCAUUGGAAAUGCGUUCUCUGGAGUGAUGAAUCACGCUUCACCAUCUGGCAGUAACGGAUGAAUCUGGGUUUGGCACAUGCCAGGAGAAUGCUACCUGCCCCAAUGCAUAGUGCCAACUGUAAAGUUUGGUGGAGGAGGAAUAAUGGUCUGGGGCUGUUUUUCAUGGUUUGGGCUAGGCCCCUUAGUUCCAGUGAAGGGAAAACUUAACGCUACAGCAUACAUUGACAUUCUAGACGAUUCUGUGCUUCCAACUUUGUGGCAACAGUUUGGGGAAGGCCCUUUCCUGUUUCAGCAUGACAAUACCCCUGUGCACAAAGCGAGGUCCAUACAGAAAUGGUUUGUCGAGAUCGGUGUGGAAGAACUUGACUGGCCUGCACAGAGCCCUGACCUCAACCCCCAUCGAACACCUUUGGGAUGAAUUGGAACACCGAUUGCGAGCCAGGCCUAAUAGCCCAACAUCAGUGCCCGACCUCACUAAUGCUCUUGUUGCUGAAUGGAAGCAAGUCCCCGUAGCAAUGUUCCAACAUCUAGUGGAAAGCCUUCUCAGAAGAGUGGAGGCUGUUAUAGCAGCAAAGGGGGGACCAACUCCACAUUAAUGCCCAUGAUUUUGGAAUGAGAUGUUCGACAAGCAGGUGUCCACAUACUUUUGGUCAUGUAGUGUAUAUUUACAAUACACGUACAUCCUGUAUACCUGAAUAUUGCAUUACAUAUCAGCACAUUUUGUAGAAAUAUUGUAUGGAUGAAAUGAUUUGCUUCAGCCUUUGUAAGAGAAACGCAAAGACAAUAUGUCUGUCAAACACAUCAGUGUUCAUUUGUCUCUGAGCCUGAGGAACCGCACGAUCUCUUCUCAUGGCGUUCCAAUGACAAAGUCAGAUCUUUCACCCUGUGUCCUCUGUGGGUACAAAGCCUUCCUCAGAUCUAUACAUCAUUGUCACUCAUUUAGAGAAGGAAUGAGAAACGCUCUUAAGAAUGUUCUCUCCCUCUAGGAGUGAUGUAUGUUUUGUCUGUGCGUUCUGUUUGCCACGUACUGUCCUUGGUUAUGUUGAUACUAAUGCUAUAUUCUGUGGUGUUUCACUAAUGGGAAAUUGUUUGUGGCAGCCGUCGAUGGUUCAGUUGGAGCAAAGUAGCUGAAUGAAUGUGCGUAGGUCAUCUGUUUGGGGUGGUUUACUGACCAAAACAAAUGAGAACAAGGGGGUCGAUUCAUAAGGGGCUUAACCGCGCGAAUUAGCUCUUAUCUGUGUGGCACAACGAUGGCACGCAAGCCUUGACUGAACCCUGCCAUGAGGUGACCAUCUCUACGUGAUGUAAACACAGAGGGUAACAUUGGUCAGAUUCAGCUGCAUGAAGGACUUAUGUGUGUGUGUUUGUAUGCAGAUGCCGUUUGUGUGAUUCUGGAGGUUGGCCAUAGGUCAUUUCCAGCUUUGGCUACUCAAUGUGGAACUGUGACACGUGUCACUUAGUUUUCCGGCCAUCCAGUAGGACUUAAAAUACUUGUCAGGUCAUAAUGGGAGAGCAUAGAGUGAUCAUGAGGAACAAGGUUACAUUAAGCUAAGGGUCAAGGCCUUGGAGUGCAGUCAUUUCCUCUGAGGUCUUGCUGUCUUAGUACGGUCAAGUGCUCUGGAAAUGUCUGGAUUACCUUUAGACACAUCUUGUCACAUCCUGGAUUGUUUGUGAUGACACACAGGCGUGGUAGAUCCUUCAUAUGUCCUUAGUUAAAUCCUUCCUAUGUCCCCAGUUUCUCUUCUGGUCCAAGUUAACCCUUCAUAAAAAGUCUUCAUGCACGUUUACUUGAAUAAUAUCUACUUAAAAAGCCUGGCUACACAAUUGAACUGAAAACAAACUGAAUCCUACACGAAGCUGCCACAUUGUGCAUAGUUCUGGUCAGGGAAAUAGUUAAUACCCAAUAAACUGUUUUCAUACCCAUAGUUUGUUUAGUUGGUGUAGAACCCAGCCAUAUCCUAUCUAUUGCAUUGUGUUAUAGGUGCCCCCCCUGGUUUUAGCCAGAGUCUCUGUGGGUCUCUGAUGGUGUGCCAGCUAGGAGGCAUGGUGGUACAUGGUACCAGAGGUACAGUAGAGAGUUCACCACCAGUAGCAGACUGUGCUCCAGCGGUAGGUAGGUAGCUGUCCUGGGCAGUUAGUUGAACCUUUUGAACAUCCUAUUGUUCUGUACUCAGGCACCUGGUCUGGUACUGGUUGCUUUGGCACUGGCACUACUGAUGACUGGUGGCCCCAAAAAACCCAUUCUGAACCAGAGCCAUACAGAUCUCUAGGCCAAUCUGAACCAUUCACCAUUAUUCACUCCAACCAAAUGCAGGAGCUGGAUAGUAAUGCAUUUCACAAGCAUUUCGCUACACCCGCGAUAACAUCUGCUAAAUAUGUGUAUGUGACCAAUAACAUUUGAUUUGAUUUACUGUGUCUCUGGUUGGUUGUGUGUUUGUCAGAACGCUGAUCCAGUAAUUAAGCUACCAGACCUCAGUCACUGACCUCUGAUUGAUACUUUGAGUCUGACUUUAAUAAUACACUUGACACCUACUCAAGACAAUGUGACCGGGUGAAGGAAAAUGGGUGAUUAAAUAAUAAAAAUACAGUAUGUCUCAUGUCAAAUAUAAUGAUCACGGCAUUAGGAGCUUAGAACACCCUGCCCAAGACUCUUAGUCAUGAAUACGUUUAAACUUUGAAUGUAGUUUUAAGCAACACGGUAACAAUAUCUCCAUUUGAAUUCAAUCACAUUUUGACAGAAUCCCUUUUGUUUUAAACAAAACUUUCCAUACAUGUUUGCCCAUGGAAGAAGUGGUGAGAAAGUUACUUUUUGGACCUGAAUGCCAAAACAUUCUGGAGAUAAAGGCACAGAUAGAACAAUAAGCCAGAUGUUUCACCGGAUGUAUAAAUCUGAAGCAUCUGGUUGGCAUUUCCACUCACCACCAAAUAUGGUGAUGAGAGGAAGCCCGGUAGCUGGAAGUGGGAGAAGAUGGAGCGAGAUGGAUUUUGGCAGACAUUCUGCAAACUGUCUCAUCAAUGGAACAUUUGAUCGCAAUAGAGUUUUCUGUUCCCAAAACUACAAUAUGUUAUGAAAAGAGUGGACUAAGUUUUGUAGACUUUUUUACAAAAUUGCAUGGGCGAAUUGAGUUGCACACGCGCACUUCACAGAGUAGGCGUUCCCUAACGGAAAUAUGCAAAUACAUGCUAGAACACGCCAAUAGCAGCUCACUAGCUCGUGCUUGGUUCUGCCCACAAUGAUUAAUUUGCUCCCAUUGGAAAUGACAGGCUGUGGUCUAUCUUGGGUUAGUGAUAAAAAUCUUUGAUAAAGGUGCUCAAAGUUGACCCAUUUUGCAUACCCCACCCUACAUUGAGACAUCCAUGUCUUCAUCACUUGAACAUAUAAACUGUUGAGUUUGAUAUCAUUUCAAAGCUUACAAACAGGGUUGUCAAAUGAUGUCAUAAUUUCUAGUUUUUUUUGUUUGUUUGUUUUUAAUGUCAAUUAUCUAAAAAUGUGUAAACUUCAGUUUUUUUUCAUAUUCACAUAUGUUGUAGCUUAGACCCUAUUUUACAGCAUCUGAGGUUUUUGUGUUGUGCCGGCCAGCGGUUGAGACACAACAUGCUCUUGAAUACAGGGUGGGUGUCAUUUUGAUCAUAGAAAUAUAAUUCAUAGAAUGGACCUACACCUAUCCCUUCAGACCACUGCAAUUUAUCUGUUACACUAUUGACAUUUAAAUGUAAUUGAAAUUGUAACUUCUAAUUACUACCACAAAGAUGGCCGCUGGUCCACCAACCAUUGAAUGUCAACUGAAAUGGUCAUGUCUAUUCUAUUAUCUAUAUUUCUAUGAUUUCAAUAGGUUUCCUAUGGAGGAUUGACAGUAUUUAAAACAACAGAUAUGACCGUUCAAGUCAACAUUUUCUGAUGUCUGGACCUCCAACCAUUGUUGUGGUACCAUUUGAUUUUAAAGUUGACAUUUCUAUUUUAUUCCUAUUUUAGUACAUUUAUUAGCCAAAACAUGACACCCACCCUGAAUUCAUGUUGUGUCUCAACCGAUGGUGGGCACAACACAAAAAGCUCAUAUGAUGUAAAAUAGGGUAUUCGCUACCACAGAAUCUGAGUUUACACGUUUUUAGAUAAUUGGCAUUAAUGGUUAAAAAAAUGACAAUUUUUAUUUAAAACAACAUUUUUUUCAAGAAAUUAUAAAAUAGUUUGACAAACCUGUUUGUGAGUUUUAAAUCAAUCUCAACCGUUUAUCUUUUCCAGUGAUGAAGACAUGGUUGUCUCAUGCUAUGGUGGGGUAUGCAAAAGGUGUAAACUUUGAGCACUUUUAUCUCUUGAAUGUUUGGCAUUCAGGUCCAAAAAGUAACUUUCUGAGCACUUCUACAAUGGGCAAAUACAGUGGGGAGAAAAAGUAUUUGAUACACUGCCGAUUUUGCAGGUUUUCCUACUUACAAAGCAUGUAGAGGUCUGUAAUCUUUAUCACUUCAACUGUGAGAGACGGAAUCUAAAACAAAAAUCCAGAAAAUCACAUUGUAUGAUUUUUAAGUAAUUAAUUUGCAUUUUAUUGCAUGACAUAAGUAUUUGAUCACCUACCAACCAGUAAGAAUUCCGGCUCUCACAGAGCUGUUCGUUUUUCUUUAAGAAGCCCUCCUGUUCUCCACUCAUUACCUGUAUUAACUGCACCUGUUUGAACUCGUUAACUGUAUAAAAGACACCUGUCCACACACUCAAUCAAACAGACUCCAACCUCUCCACAAUGGCCAAGACCAGAGAGCUGUGUAAGGACAUCAGGGAUCAAAUUGUAGACCUGCACAAGGCUGGGAUGGGCUACAGGACAAUAGGCAAGCAGCUUGGUGAGAAGGCAACAACUGUUGGCGUAAUUAUUAGAAAAUGGAAGAAGUUCAAGAUGACGGUCAAUCACCCUCAGUCUGGGGCUCCAUGCAAGAUCUCACCUCGUGGGACAUCAAUGAUCAUGACGAAGGUGAGGGAUCAGCCCAGAACUACACGGCAGGACCUGGUCAAUGACCUGAAGAGAGCUGGGACCACAGUCUCAAAGAAAACCAUUAGUAACACACUACGCCGUCAUGGAUUAAAAUCCUGCAGCGCACGCAAGGUCCCCCUGCUCAAGCCAGCGCAUGUCCAGGCCCGUCUGAAGUUUGCCAAUGACAAUCUGGAUGAUCCAGAGGAGGAAUGGGAGAAGGUCAUGUGGUCUGAUGAGACAAAAAUAGAGAUUUUUGGUCUAAACUCCACUCGCCGUGUUUGGAGGAAGAAGAAGGAUGAGUACAACCCCAAGAACACCAUCCCAACCGUGAAGCAUGGAGGUGGAAACAUCAUUCUUUGGGGAUGCUUUUCUGCAAAGGGGACAGGACGACUACACCGUAUUGAGGGGAGGAUGGAUGGGGCCAUGUAUCGCGAGAUCUUGGCCAACAACCUCCUUCCCUCAGUAAGAGCAUUGAAGAUGGGUCGUGGCUGGGUCUUCCAGCAUGACAACGACCCGAAACACACAGCCAGGGCAACUAAGGAGUGGCUCUGUAAGAAGCAUCUCAAGGUCCUGGAGUGGCCUAGCCAGUCUCCAGACCUGAACCCAAUAGAAAAUCUUUGGAGGGAGCUGAAAGUCCGUAUUGCCCAGCGACAGCCCCGAAACCUGAAGGAUCUGGAGAAGGUCUGUAUGGAGGAGUGGGCCAAAAUCCCUGCUGCAGUGUGUGCAAACCUGGUCAAGACCUACAGGAAACGUAUUAUCUCUGUAAUUGCAAACAAAGGUUUCUGUACCAAAUAUUAAGUUCUGCUUUUCUGAUGUAUCAAAUACUUAUGUCAUGCAAUAAAAUGCAAAUGAAUUACUUAAAAAUCAUACAAUGUGAUAUUCUGGAUUUUUGUUUUAGAUUCCGUCUCUCACAGUUGAAGUGUACCUAUGAUAAAAAUUACAGACCUCUACAUGCUUUGUACAGUGGGGAAAGAAAGUAUUUAGUCAGCCACCAAUUGUGCAAGUUCUCCCACUUAAAAAGAUGAGAGAGGCCUGUAAUUUUCAUCAUAGGUACACGUCAACUAUGACAGACAAAAUGAGAAAUGUGAUUUUCUGGAUUUUUUCUCUCUCAAUUUGUCUGUCAUAGUUGACGUGUACCUAUGAUGAAAAUUACAGGCCUCUCUCAUCUUUUUAAGUGGGAGAACUUGCACAAUUGGUGGCUGACUAAAUACUUUUUAUCCCCACUGUAAGUAGGAAAACCUGCAAAAUCGGCAGUGUAUCAAAUACUUGUUCUCCCCACUGUAUGUAUGGAAGGUUUGUUGCAAUCAAAAGGGGUUCAAAAAGUUAUUGAAUCCCAAAAUGCACACACAGGCCGACACACACCUUAUGGAAGCAGCAGGUCGUGACCCCAGGAGACAAACCAUCGAGGAUAACAGGUUCCACUACACUGAAUUAUUGAUCCAGCUCAGCAAGGCAAAGCCCAGGCAGGCCAGGAGCCGAUCCACUUACUAUCAACACAAGUCCCAACCCUGCCAGCUCUCCAUGCAGCCUCAUGUCACAGAGACCAUAAAUUAAUCAUUAUCCACGGGUGGGUGGCCCAUUUGGAAAAGCUCAAUUUCGUCACUUUUCAACCUGAUCUUUUGUUUGUUACAUUGCCCAUAAGGAUCUUACACUAACUGCAUUGCAUAUGAGAGUGAUGUACACUUGCAUAUUGUGUAUGAAAUAAUGCAUUGAGUCGAAUUGUGAUGCUGUGAUGCUGGCCAGUGUAAGGUUGUUGUUGAUCAGGCCUUGUUCUUUAUUACUCCCCCGCCUCCCCCUCUGUCCCAUCUCUGGCCCUCUCAGAACAAGUGUUAUGAAAUCAACUGCUGUCCAUUUGUGUGUGAGGGCUGAGUGGCUCUGUGAUUGUUUAGUGGUGGGUGGCCCUCCACAUGUCCUAAAUUGCUCAACCCAGCUUGCUCCAUGAUUCUCUCUCUCUCUCUCUCUCUCUCUCUCUCUCGCGCUCUCUCUCUCUCUCUCCAUAAUAAUACAAGGUACAUACUGUACUCCCACUAGCACAACCACAUUCUCUUUUCAGUAGCUCGUAUACUCAGACAUUUCGGUCUCAACCAUUCAUUUCCCUUGUAAACUACUCAGUCAGACAAAGAAUGACACAGAGUUUGCGUAAUGCUCCGGAGGACCACUUAGAAUACACCCUCAUACAUACAUGGCUUAGUGUUCAGAAAGGCAGGUUAGCCCACACAAACUCAGCUAGUUCUCAUGAAUCUGCACACGCACGCACACACACACACACACACACACAGACACACACACAUACACACACACACACACACACACACAGACACACACACACAAACACACAAAGCCUUGGAAUGAGGAAGGCCUUUCUGCCCACUCUCCUGAAAGCUCUGAGAGUUUUAGUGGGAGAGAAUGUGAGGGGGAAGUAGAACUCUGGCAAUAUGCUUUCUCAUUUUGAACGGUCACAAUGUGAAACAUCACAUUCAAAAUCUUCUCAGUCCUACAAGAAAAAAAAAUGCAAUGGUAGGGGACCAGCCAAGCAGGUUUCAGGAGUGUUGAAAACAAUGAGUUCAUCGUUAAAGAAAAAAUAUGACGUGUGUCUGUGUGUGUGCGCGUGUGCAUCAUGCACAAUAGGUGAUAGCUCAUGCAGUGUCAUGUGUCCAACACAUGUGAAGAGCCAUGUUCUAGUUCGAGAAGCAGAAAGUUAUCAGGUAAUUGCCUGUUUGUGUUGAUUUGACACUAUCUCUCUGUUGCCAGCUGUACUGUACUAUACUGUACUGUACUAUAUUGUACUAUACUGUACAGUACUGUACUGUACACCAUGGUUGCAUAUACAGUGGAAUGAAAACAGAGCUCUUUGGCCACAUACAGUAUGCAGAAAAGAACCCCAUACCUACUGUCAAAUAUGGUGGUGGAUCUUUGAUGUUCUGGGGCUAUUGGUCCUGGGGCCCUUGUUAAGGUUAACGGCAUCAUUAACUUUACCCAGUACCAGGAAAUGUUUGCCAAAAACCUGGUUGCCUCUGUCAGGAGGCUGAAACUUGGCUGCAAGUGGAUCUUCCAGCAAGACAAUAACCCUAAGCACACAUCAGAAUCCACAAAUAAUUGGUUAAUUGGCCACAAAAUCAACAGUUUGCAAUGGCCAUCUCAGUCUCCGGACUUGAAACCCAUUGAAAACCUGUAGUUUGAAUCGAAGAGUGCAGUCCAUAAGCGCAGACUAAGGAUAUCAAGGAUCUGGAAGGAUUCUGUAUGGAGGAAUAGUCUAAGAUUCCUCUCAAUUUGUUCUCCAACUCAUAAAACAUUUUAUUAAAAGGCUCAUUGCCGUUAUCCUCACAAGGUGAGGUAUUGAAAACAGGGGUGUCAAUAAUUUUGACACCUACCUUUUUAAAUUUGUUUUUAUAAUAUUUACUUGCUAAACAAAAUCUAUUUCUCUGAGCAAUUGAAUUAGUAUAAAAUAAUAUAAUUUCCCUUUCUUAAAAAAAAUUAAAAUACAAUAUAGCUCAGUAUUUGAAUUAUUUAUUUUAUAUAGUCAUUUUUGCUGAUCUUUAUGAAUGGUGUCAAUAGUUUCGGACCCCACUGUAUAUUCCAUAGUGUUGAAAGGCUCAUGCUGGAAUGAAAAAGGGCACUUUAUGCAAAAAUGGCAGAAGGAAUCUUUUCACAAAUCUGAGAGAGAAAGCAGGAUUUGAUCUUAAGUGAGAUGAGACAGGAAGUAUAGCGUCAAGGGAUUUCAGAUCCAUCUCUCUAUGUAAAUCCCUUAAUAAUCCCUUCUGGGACCUAAAUGGGCUGAUGAUGAUUCCCAUAUGGGCCUGUAGAAAGGCUUUAGCCCUAAUGUAAGUUAUCUAACAUGUCCUCUGUAUACAACAUUAUGCCUUGUUUACGUCAGCUGGAUUUUGUAAUCUGCGCCCGGUGGCUGCGAUAGGGGAGGUUACCAAACACUGGUUAUUUGGGCAGCCCCCCAUCCCUCUCCCCCCAGUUGUUUGUCUGUUAUAACAUUGUCAAUCAUUUGUCCAUUGUGGUGUGCUUUGUGCCGCUGUGGGAGGGCUGCUGGUAAGUACACUACAUGACCAAAAGUAUGUGGACACCUGCUUGCCGACCAUCUCAUUCCAAAAUCAUGGGCAUUAAUAUGGAGAUGGUCCCCCCUUUGCUGCUAUAACAGCCUACACUCUUCUGGGAAGGCUUUCCACUAGAUGUUGGAACAUUGCUGCGGGGACUAGCUUCCAUUCAGCCACAAGAGCAUUAGUGAGGUCGGGCACUGAUGUUUGGCUAUUAGGCCUGGCUCGCAGUCGGUGUUCCAAUUCAUCCCAAAGGUGUUCGAUGGGGGUGAGGUCAGGGCUCUGUGCAGGCCAGUCAAGUUCUUCCACACCGAUCUUGACAAACCAUUUCUGUAUGGACCUCACUUUGUGCAUGGGUGCAUUAUUUCUUUUUUUAACCUUUAUUUAACCAGGUAAACCAGUUGAGAACAAGUUCUCAUUUACAACUGCGACCUGGGCAAGAUAAAGCAAAGCAGUGCGAUAAAAACAACAACACAGAGUUACAUAUGAGGUAAAACAAAACAUAAUGUCAAAAAUACAACAGAAAAUAUAUAUACAGUGUGUGCAAAUGUAGCAAGUUAUGGAGGUAAGGCAAUAAAUAGGCUAUAGUGCAAAAAAAGUACAAUUAGUAUUAACACUGGAAUAAGAGAUGAUGUGCAAAUAGAGAUACUGGGGUGCAAAUUAGCAAAAUAAAUAACAAUAUGGGGAUGAGGUAGUUGGGUGGGCUAAUUUCAGAUGGGCUGUGUACAGGUGCAGUGAUCGGUAAGGUGCUCUGACAACUGAUGCUUAAAGUUAGUGAGGGGGAUGAGUCUCCAGCUUCAGAGAUUUUUGCAAUUCGUUCCAGUCAUUGGCAGCAGAGAACUGGAAGGAAUGGUGGCCAAAGGAGGUGUUGGCUUUGGGGAUGACCAGUGAGAUAUACCUGCUGGAGCGCAUACUACGGGUGGGUGUUGCUAUAGUGACCAAUGAGCUAAGAUAAGGCAGGGAUUUGCCUAGCAGUGAUUUAUAGAUGGCCUGGAGCCAGUGGGUUUGGCGACGAAUAUGUAGUGAGGACCAGCCAACAAAAGAGCGUACAGGUAACAGUGGUGGGUAGUAUAUGGGGCUUUGGUGACAAAACGGAUGGCACUGUGAUAGACUACAUCCAAUUUGCUUUAGUAGAGUGUUGGAGGCUAUUUUGUAAAUGACAUCGCCGAAGUCAAGGAUCGGUAGGAUAGUCAGUUUUACGAGGGCAUGUUUGGCAGCAUGAGUGAAGGAGGCUUUGUUGCGAAAUAGGAAGCCAAUUCUAGAUUUAACUUUGGAUUGGAGAUUCUUAAUGUGAGUCUGGAAGGAGAGUUUACAGUCUAACCAGACAUCUAGGUAUUUGUAGUUGUCCACAUACUCUAGGUCAGACCCGUCGAGCGUAGUGAGUCUAGUCGGGUGGGCGGGUGCCAGCAGCGUUCGAUUGAAGAGCAUGCAUUUAGUUUUACUAGUGUUUAAGAGCAGUUGGAGGCUACUGAAGGAGUGGUGUAUGGCAUUGAAGCUCGUUUGGAGGUUUGUUAACACAGUGUCCAAUGAAGGGCUAGAUGUAAACAAAAUGGUGUCGUCUGCGUAGAGGUGGAUCUGAGAGUCACCAGCAGCAAGAGCGACAUCAUUGAUAUACACAGAGAAAAGAGUCGGCCCAAGAAUUGAACCCUGUGGCACCCCCAUAGAGACUGCCAUAGUUCCAGACAACAGGCUCUCCGAUUUGAGACAUUGAAAUCUGAGAAGUAGUUGGUGAACCAGGCGAGGCAGUCAUUUGAGAAACCAAGGCUAUUUAGUCUGCCAAUAAGAAUGCGGUGGUUGACAGAGUCGAAAGCCUUGGCCAGGUCGAUGAAGACAGCUGCACAGUACUGUCUAUUAUCGAUCGCGGUUAUAAUAUCGUUUAGGACCUUGAGCGUGGCUGAGGUGCACCCAUGACCAGCUCGGAAACCGGAUUGCAUAGUGGAGAAGGUACGGUGGGAUUCGAAAUGGUCGGUGAUCUGUUUGUUAACUUGGCUUUCAAAAACUUUCGAAAGGCAGGGCAGGAUGGAUAUAGGUCUGUAACAGUUUGGAUCUAGAGUGUCACCCCUUUUGAAGAGGGGGAUGACCGCGGCAGCUUUCCAAUCUCUGGGGAUCUCAGACGUUACGAAAGAGAGGUUGAACAGGCUAGUAAUAGGGGUUGCGACAAUUUCUGCGGCUAGUUUUAGAAAGAAAGGGUCCAGAUUGUCUAGCCCAGAUGAUUUGUAGGGGUCCAGAUUUUGCAGCUCUUUCAGAACAUCAGUUGUUUGAAUUUGUGUGAAGGAGAAGCGGGGGGGGGGGCAUGGGCAAGUUGCAGCAGAGGGUGCAGAGCUGGUGGCCGGGGUAGUGGUAUCCAGGUGGAAAGCAUGGCCAGCCGUAGCAAAAUGCUUGUUGAAAUUCUCGAUUAUUGUAGAUUUAUCAGUGGUGAUAGUGUUUCCUAGCCUCAGUGCAGUGGGCAGCUGGGAGGAGAUGCUCUUAUUCUCCAUGGACUUUACAGUGUCCCAAAACUUUUUGGAGUUAGUGCUACAGGAUGCACAUUUCUGUUUGAAAAAGUUAGCCUUUGCUUUCCUAACUGCUUGUGUAUAUUGGUUCCUAACUUCCCUGAAAAGUUGCAUAUCGCGGGGGCUAUUUGAUGCUAAUGCAGUACGCCACAGGAUGUUUUUGUGCUGGUCAAGGGCAGUCAAGUCUGAGGAGAACCAGGGGCUAUAUCUGUUCUUAGUUCUGUAUUUUUUGAAUGGGGCAUGUUUAUUUAAGAUUGAGAGGAAAUUACUUUUAAAGAACAACCAGGCAUCCUCUACUGACGGAAUUGUCAUGCUGAAACAGGAAAGGGCCUUCCCCAAACUCUUGCCACAAAGUUGGAAGCACAGAAUUGUCUAGAAUGUAAUUGUAUGCUGAAGUGUUAAGAUUUCCCUUCACUGGAACUAAGGGGCCUAGAACGAACCAUGAAAAACAGCCCCAGACCAUUAUUCCUCCUCCACCAAACUUUACAGUUGGCACUAUGCAUUGGGACAGGUAGCGUUCUCCAGGCAUCCGCCAAACCUAGAUUCGUACGUCGUACUGCCAGAUGGUGAAUUGUGAUUCAUCAUUCCAGAGAACGCGUUUCAACUGCUCCAGAGUCCAAUGGCGGCGAGCUUUACACCACUCCAGCCGACACUUGGCAUUACGCAUGGUGAUCAUAGGCUUCUGUGCGGCUGCUCGGGCAUGGAAACCUAUUUCUUGAAGCUCCUGGCGAGCAGUUAUUGUGCUGACGUUGCUUCCAGAGGCAGUUUGGAACUCGGUACUGAGUAUUGGAACUGAGGACAGACUAUUUUUACACUCUACGCGAUUCAGCACUCGGAAGUCCCGUUCUGUGAGCUUGUGUGGCCUACCACUUCGCGGCUGACACAUGGUUGCUUCUAGACAUUUCCACUGCACAAUAACAGUACUUACAGUAGACCAGGGCAGCUCUAGCAGGGCAGAAAUUUGACGAACUGACUUGUUGGAAAGGUGGCAUCCUAUGACAGUGCCACGUUGAAGGUCACAGAGUUCUUCAGUAAGGCCAAUCUACUGCCAAUAUUUGUCUAUGGAGAUUACAUGGCUGUGUGCUCGAUUUCAUACGCCUCUCAGCAACGGGUGUGGCUGAAAUAGCCAAAUCCACUCAUUUGAAGGGGUGUCCACAUACCUUUGUGUAUAUAUAGUGUAGAUUGUGUGAGAGGAUGUGUGUGGAUGCCCGGGGUUGCAGGGAGAGCCAAGGGUUAGAGUGAUGGACUCAUUGGACUGAUGGCUGUGGAGACUGCAGUGUGGAGUGUGGCUGCUAGGACCGCCUAGGGAAGAUUGGAUGGAGCUAGUGCUGUAAAUGGUUUGUUUAUUUAUUUGCUGUAAAUAUGGUUGGAUGGUUAAAGAGAAAGAAGGCCUUUACUGGCAGUCCCCCAUGUCAUAGAUGGCUGAGGAUUGAGCAGCGAUGGCUUUUUAAUGUUGGGGUGAUGUAACAGGCUCUCAUCCACACUGACAUGUUAAGCUGUUGUUGAUGAAAUAAUAUAUUUAUUGUACACAUUGGUCAUGCAGUACAUAACACACACACACACACUUACUCUUUGUGCUCUAUCUCUCUCUCUUCCAUGAUUUAUUUCCAAGCAUUUAUGAUGCGUGAUUCAAUUUCCAGGCCUUUGUAAAUAUAUUUAAAAUCAAUGUGUUCUUAAUUGACCUGCUUGGUAAAAUAAAGGUAAAAAAUAUACAGUGCCUUCAGAAAGUAUUCUUACCCUUUGUCUUAUUGCACAUUGUGUCGUGUUACAGCCUGAAUUCAAAAUGGAUUAAAUAUGUUUUUUCUCUCACCCAUCUACACACAAUAUCCCAUAAUGACAAAGUGAAAACAUGUUUUUCAGAAUUUUAGCAAAUUUAUUGAAAAUGAAAUACAGAAAUAUCUAAUUUACAUGAGUAUUCACACCCCUGAGUCAAUACUUUGUAGAAGCACCUUUGGCAGCGAUUACAGCUGUGAGUCUUGCUGUUUAAGUCUCUAAGAGCUUUCCACACCUGGAUUGUGCAAAAUUUGCCCAUUAUUAUUUUCAGAAUUCUUCAAGCUCUGUUGGUUGGUUGUUGAUCAUUGCUAGACAACCAUUUUCAGGUCUUGCCAUAGAUUUUCAUGUAGACUUAAGUCAAAAUUGUAACUCGGCCACUCAGGAACAUUCACUGUUUUCUUGGUAAGCAACUCCCGUGUAGAUUUGGCCUUGUGUUUUAGGUUAUUAUCCAGCUGACAGUUGAAUUAACCUCCCAGUGUCUGGUGGAAAGUAGACUGAACCAGGUUUUCCAUUGGCUUCAUGGUGUUGUGUUGGAUUUUCCCCAACCAAAACGCUUUGUAUUCAGGACAUAAAGUGAAUUUACUUUCCAAAUGUUUUGCAGUUUUACAUUAGUGCCUUAUUGCAAACAGGAUGCAUGUUUUGGAAUAUUUGUAUUAUGUACAGGCUUUCUUCUUUUCACUCUGUCAAUUAGGUUAGUAUUGUGAAGUAACUACUAUGUUGUUUAUCCGUCCUGAUUUUUCUCCUAUCACAGCCAUUAAACUCUGUAACUGUUUUAAAGUCACCAUUGGCCUCAUGGUGAAAUCUCUGAGCGGUUUCCUUCCUCUCCGGCAACUGAGUUACAGUGGGGGAAAAAAGUAUUUAGUCAGCCACCAAUUGUGCAAGUUCUCCCACUUAAAAAGAUGAGAGAGGCCUGUAAUUUUCAUCAUAGGUACACGUCAACUAUGACAGACAAAAUGAGAAAAAGAAAUCCAGAAAAUCACAUUGUAGGAUUUAUAAUGAAUUUAUUUGCAAAUUAUGGUGGAAAAUAAGUAUUUGGUCAAUAACAAAAGUUUCUCAAUACUUUGUUGUAUACCCUUUGUUGGCAAUGACACAGGUCAAACGUUUUCUGUAAGUCUUCACAAGGUUUUCACACACUGUUGCUGGUAUUUUGGCCCAUUCCUCCAUGCAGAUCUCCUCUAGAGCAGUGAUGUUUUGGGGCUGUCGCUGGGCAACACGGACUUUCAACUCCCUCCAAAGAUUUUCUAUGGGGUUGAGAUCUGGAGACUGGCUAGGCCACUCCAGGACCUUGAAAUGCUUCUUACGAAGCCACUCCUUCGUUGCCCGGGCGGUGUGUUUGGGAUCAUUGUCAUGCUGAAAGACCCAGCCACGUUUCAUCUUCAAUGGCCUUGCUGAUGGAAGGAGGUUUUCACUCUUCACUCAAAAUCUCACGAUACAUGGCCCCAUUCAUUCUUUUCUUUACACGGAUCAGUCGUCCUGGUCCCUUUGCAGAAAAACAGCCCCAAAUCAUGAUGUUUCCACCCCCAUGCUUCACAGUAGGUAUGGUGUUCUUUGGAUGCAACUCAGCAUUCUUUGUCCUCCAAACACGACGAGUUGAGUUUUUACCAAAAAGUUAUAUUUUGGUUUCAUCUGACCAUAUGACAUUCUCCCAAUCCUCUUCUGGAUCAUCCAAAUGCACUCUAGCAAACUUCAGACGGGCCUGGACAUGUACUGGCUUAAGCAGGGGGACACGUCUGGCACUGCAGGAUUUGAGUCCCUGGCGGCGUAGUGUGUUACUGAUGGUAGGCUUUGUUACUUUGGUCCCAGCUCUCUGCAGGUCAUUCACUAGGUCCCCCCGUGUGGUUCUGGGAUUUUUGCUCACCGUUCUUGUGAUCAUUUUGACCCCACGGGGUGAGAUCUUGCGUGGAGCCCCAGAUCGAGGGAGAUUAUCAGUGGUCUUGUAUGUCUUCCAUUUCCUAAUAAUUGCUCCCACAGUUGAUUUCUUCAAACCAAGCUGCUUACCUAUUGCAGAUUCAGUCUUCCCAGCCUGGUGCAGGUCUACAAUUUUGUUUCUGGUGUCCUUUGACAGCUCUUUGGUCUUGGCCAUAGUGGAGUUUGGAGUGUGACUGUUUGAGGUUGUGGACAGGUGUAUUUUAUACUGAUAACAAGUUCAAACAGGUGCCAUUAAUACAGGUAACGAGUGGAGGACAGAGGAGCCUCUUAAAGAAGAAGUUACAGGUCUGUGAGAGCCAGAAAUCUUGCUUGUUUUUAGGUGACCAAAUACUUAUUUUCCACCAUAAUUUGCAAAUAAAUUCAUUAAAAAUCCUACAAUGUGAUUUUCUGGAUUUUUUUUCCUCAAUUUGUCUGUCAUAGUUGACGUGUACCUAUGAUGAAAAUUACAGGCCUCUCUCAUCUUUUUAAGUGGGAGAACUUGCACAAUUGGUGGCUGACUAAAUACUUUUUUCCCCCACUGUAGGAAGGACGCCUGUAUCUUUGAUACACCAUCCAAAGUGUAACUAAUAACUUCACCAUGCUCAAAGGGAUAUUCAGUGUCUACCAUUAGGUGCUCUUCUUUGUGAGGCAUUAGAAAACCUCCCUGGUCAUGGUGGUUGAAUCUGUGUUUGAAAUUCACUGCUCGACUGAGGGACCUUACAGAUAAUUAUAUGUGUGGAGUACAGAAAUGAGGGAGUCAUUCAAAAAUGAUGUUAAACACUAUUAUUGCACACUGAGUGAGUCAAUGCAACUUAAUAUGUGACUUACUAAGCAAAUGUUUACUCCUCAACUUUAGGCUUGCCAUAACAAAGUGGUUGAAUACUUAUUGACUCAAAACAUUCAGCUUUUCAUUUUUUAUAAAAAUGUAACAUUUUGAAAAACAUAAUUCCACUUCGACAUUAUAGGGUAUUGUGUGUAGGCCAGUGACACAUCAUCUCAAUUUAAUCCAUUUUAAAUUCAGACUGUAACACAACAAAAUGUGGAAAAUGUCAAGGGGUGUGAAUACUUUCUGAAGGCACUGUAUACAUACACUACCAUUCAAAAGUUUGGGGUCACUUAGAAAUGUCCUUGUUUUUGAAAGAAAAGCAAUUUUUUGUCCAUUUAAAAUAACAUCAAAUUUGUCAGAAAUACAGUGUAGACAUUGUUAAUGUUGUAAAUGGCUAUUGUAGCUGGAAACGGCUGAUAAAAAAAAAAAUGGAAUAUCUACAUAGGCGUACAGAGGCCCAUUAUCAGCAACCAUCAGUCCUGUGUUCCAAGUUUAUCAUUUUAAAAGGCUAAUUGAUCAUUAGAAAAUCAUUUUGCAAUUAUGUUAGCACAGCUGAAAACUGUUGUGCUGAUUAAAGAAGCAAUAAAACUGGCCUUCAUGAGACUAGUUGAGUAUCUGGAGCAUCAGCAAUUGUGGGUUCGAUUACAGGAUCAAAAUGGCCAGAAACAAAUAACUUUCUUCUGAACUCGUCAGUCUAUUCUUGUUCUGAGAAAUGAAGGCUAUUCCAUGUGAGAAAUUGCCAAGAAACUGAAGAUCUCACAACUGAGCAAGAGGACAAAUACAUUAGAGUGUCUAGUUUGAGAAACAGACGCCUCACAGGUCCUCAACUGGCAGCUUCAUUAAAUAGUACCCGCAAAACACCAGUCUCAACGUCAACAGUGAAGAGGCGACUCUGGGAUGCUGACCUUCUAGGCAGAGUUGCAAAGAAAAAGCCAUAUCUCAGACUGGCCAAUAAAAAUAAAUGAUUAAGAUGGGCAAAAGAACACAGACACUGGACAGAGGAAGGUUGGAAAAAAGUGUUAUGGACAGACGAAUCGAAGUUUGAGGUGUUCGGAUCACAAAUAAUAACAUUUGUGAGACGCAGACCAAAUGAAAAGAUGCUGGAGGAGUGCUUGAUGCCAUCUGUCAAGCAUGUUGGAGGCAAUGUGAUGGUCUGGGGGUGCUUUGGUGAUGGUAAAGUGGGAGAGUUGUACAGGGUAAAAGGGAUCUUGAAGAAGUAAGGCUGUCACUCCAUUUUGCAACGCCAUGCCAUACCCUGUGGACGGCGCUUGAUUGGAGCCAAUUUCCUCCUACAACAGGACAAUGAUCCAAAGCACAUCUCCAAACUAUGCAAUAACUAUUUAGGGAAGAAGCAGUCAGCUGGUAUUCUGUCUAUAAUGGAGUGGCCAGCACAGUCACUGGAUCUCAACCCUAUUGAGCUGUUGUGGGAGCAGCUUGACCGUAUGGUACGUAAGAAGUGCCCAUCAAGCCAAUCCAUGUUGUGGGAGGUGCUUCAGGAAGCAUGGGGUGAAAUCUCUUCAGAUUACCUCAACAAAUUGACAACUAGAAAGCCUAAGGUCUGCAAGGCUAUAAUUGCUGCAAAUGGAGGAUUAUUUGACGAAAGCAAAGUUUGAAGGACACAAUUAUUAUUUAUAUUAAAAAUAAAUAUUUCUAACCUUGUCAAUGACUACAUUUCCUAUGCAUAUAUUUCCUAUUCAAACUAAUUUCAUGUAUGUUUUCAUUGAAAACAAGGACAUUUCUAAGUGACCCCAAACUUUUGAACGGUAGUGUAUAUAUUUUUAAAGUCAUAAGAGAAGUACACAAAUAUUUUGACAAUUUAAACAUGAUUAUAACCUAUAGGACAGUCAACAAGUGAUUUAUAUCUAUCCCCACACCAACACACUUAGAACUUCACUUUGGCCCAGGGCUGGACGAUAAGCUCAUGUGGCCCUCAUGAUCUCACCACUCUACGUUACACACUCCAGGGUAAAGGCUGUGUGUUGCAUGCGAGUGUAACCCAAUCGACCACCCAAAUAGACCAGGCUCAUGUUAAAACUGACUGUUGCUUCUUGUCCCAUGACAUCAGUGGUAGGCUAAUACAGGUGAGAGAGAGAGCAAAAGAAAAGAGCGGUAGAGAAAGAGAGGGCAAAAUAGAGAUAAGUAAAGAGAUAAGAAAGAGAUAGAGAGAAUACAACUGUACUUUACAGUCCUUUGAAAACAAAGACACAGUUGAGUUUAUAGCUAAUCAACAUUGGCUUGUCUGCCCAGAGUUACUGUGUGGCAGUGUGUUUCAGAUAAAACAGUCCUCCUGGCAAAGUCAUAACAUUACCAUGACUUACUGUAUUUUUGUGGAUUCAUGACAUUCCUUGGAGUAUUGCAUUGUUUAUGACCUUACUGUGCUGGAAAGACUCUGAGGAAGCCCCUGUCUCAGAGGCCUUGUCCUGGGGCCUUGGCCUGUGUGUGUACAUGGCAGGGAGGUGUGAUACAGGGGCCUGUGUAUAUGACCUUUAUAUGACCUGUGUGUGGCCUGGCCACUGGUCAGAGGUCCCCUGGGUUCACUGUCUCUGUCUAAUCACCACUCUAACGUGUAAACCAACACUCUGACCACGUUGUGUGUGUGUUGCAAAAUUAAUAUACACACACAUGCUAUUCAAUCAUUUCACCCACACCGCUCGCGCGAACGAGGGUCUGCGUAGCCAAGCGCUAAAAUAGAACUUGGCUCCACGCACUGCACGUCCCCUCCUUAUUAGAUAUCAGGAAGAUACAAACCUACGUGGAUGCUUGAAAGACAAACCAGGAGAGAUUCAUUAAAGAUAACUAACAAUUUUGUAUGAAUUCAGUUCAAAAAUCUACAAAGAAAAAGCUAAAAAGAUGUCAGGUAAAAUAACAACCCAAUGUUUAUCUCCCAGGACAAACUAGCUAGCAACAGCUAGCUAGCUAAAUAUCCAUGAAUGUUUCAUGUGUGUUUCGACAUGCCCCCAAAUUAAUAUAGUUGGUUCACAGUUGGUUUUGGUAUUUUAACCUGCGUGUCAUCAUCGCGUCUGGUGUGGAUGGAUGAAAUCAACAUGCGGGCGAUGGCGCAUGCACGUGGUCAGUGUAGUCAGCAUGUAAUUCAUCCCCUCCCCCACCAUUCUGCCCCCCAAUCGAUCUACCUACUACCCACACCUCCCCCUCCUCAUCCACCCCCACGCCUACCCAGACUACCCACUUCUAUCUCUGUCACCAUGUAUGCUCUCCCACUAAAGUAUUGUCAUGCACACCUUACCUGAUCAUACCUUAUCUGAUCAUCAUGAUGAAAAUAUUUAGCGGAACUCUUUUCAACUCCGCACCAUUUGCAGAUGCUAUGAGAAGCUUGUCUGAUGGAAUCUGUGUGAACAGACAACAAACAGGAGGUUGUUUGGCCUUGAGCAGGUGUUAGAUACAGUAGCCAAGGCCUCAGCCCGAUAUAAUUGUUUUCUGCCUUGGAGCUGAAAGCAACAAUGACUUAUGCUGUUGUGAUGGUGUCAUAGACCUCUACCCAUGUACAGUAUGUAUUUGUAGUUUUAGGUUACACACCACAUAAGCAAAGAAUAAUUAAUCUAAACCGUGAUUCUGUGUCUCCAACUGGGUUUUAAACCUGUCAUAGUUAUGCUGGCCAAGUCAAACAUCACUUUGUAAAGGGGAUUUUCUGGUGAACAGAAGAGUAAUUUCAGUUUAAUACAAGUUGCAACACAGAAGCAGAGAAAAUGUCUAGCGGAGACAGGCCCUCUUGGAGACAGGCCCUUUUAUAUUCUAAUCUGACAGUACCAAAUGUACUGUAAACACCAGGCUGGGAGGAAGACACAACAUCAGCGGCUACAGAAUCACACAGUGUCACAGAUACAUUAUCAGUAUUCCCUCGGCUCAGCGUGGCGUCACACUUUAACCAUAACAUUCAACACUGGUAGACAUUUCAUACUGGCAGUUAAACAGGUAAAAAGUAGGAACAUCAGUACUUAGUUACAGUAAAUAAAAUACAGUUGAGAAAUGUAGAAAAUAAUUUGCCAUUACAUACUUAGAAGGAAAUUGCAAAGUUAUUUAAAAUUAAUUGUAUGCAUUCAAAAGAUCUUUGCUGUGCAAAUUAUGUUUUCAUCUCAGAAUGUCUUUCAUCUCACCAAAAUGUUUUCCCUUUCCUCUGAAUUUGUUUCAUUAGCAUUUUAAAUGAGUAUUUUUCCCUUUCAAAUCGCCCCCAUUUUACUUCAAGAUCAAUGUUCUUUUUCAGAAACUUUUUUUCUCAUGUUUACGACACCGAACAAACAUCUAAACGCAACAUGUAAAGUGUUGGUCUCAUCUUUCAUGAGCUGAAAUAAAAAAUCCCAUACGCAUAAAAAGCUAAUUUCUCUCAAUUUAUUAGGCACAUAUUUGUUUACAUCUCCGUUAGUGAGCAUUUCUCCUUUGCCAGGAUAAUCCAUCCACCUGACAGGUGUGGCAUAGCAAGAAGCUGAUUAAACAGAAAGAUCAUUACACAGGUGCACCUUGUGCUGGGAACAAUAAAAGGUCACUUGAAAAUGUGCAGUUUUGUCACACAACACAAUGCCACAGAUGUCUCAUGUUUUGAGGGAAUGUGCAAUUGGCAUGCUGACUGCAGGAAAGUUCACCAGAGCUGUUUCCAGAUGAUUAAAUGUUCAUUUCUCUACCAUAAGCUGCCUACAAUGUAGUUUUAGAGAAUUUGGCAGUACGUCCAACCGGCCUCACAACCGCAGAUCACAUGUAACCACGCCCGCCCAGGACCUCCACAUCUGGCUUCUUCACCUGCAGGAUCAUCUGAGGGGGUGUGGGGGUUGCUGAGGAGUAUUUCUGUGUGUAAUAAAGCCCUUUUGUGGAGAACAACUCAUUCUGAUUGGCUGGGCCUGGCUCCCCAGUGGGUGGUCCUGGCUGCCAAGUGGGUGGGCCUAUGGCCUCCAUGGCUGCACCCCUGCCCAGUCAUGUGAAAUCCAUAGAUUAGGACCUAAUGUAUUUAUUUCAAUUGACUUAUUUCCUUAUAUGAACUGUAACUCAGUAAAAACGUUGAAAUUGCUGCAUGUUGCGUUUAUAUUUUCGCUCAGUAUAAUUUUGAGUGUUUGCCGCCAAUAUUUCUGGAUUGAAGGAGAGCAUUGUGAUAAUUCUAGUUCCUCUGAUGGCUUUAACACUGGGAUAGGGAUAGUGAGUGAGACUGAGUGUCUGACCCUGUGACCCUGUGCUUGUCUAGACGAGCUGUCCAGGAUGAGGUGUGAGGUGGAGUUGACCCCUGAACCCAGCAGCCCCACGCUGCUCGGAGAGGUAGCAGACACCUACUGCCAGGUGGACCGCUGGCAGAAGCUUCGCACCGCCGUCCGCAAACUGGAAUUCUGGGAAGACUUCAGUGCCGAACUGAUUGGGAGUGGCUUCUUCUCCAAGGUGUACAAGGUAUGAACCGUCCAAUUUGUACAUGGCUGAAAAUAAAUGUGUGUGUACUUGUGAAUACAUUGAUAUGUGUGUGAAAGAGAGAACAAAAAACAACAGACUUUCUACACACCUUGUCUAUGAUUUACUUCCCAUUUUUCAUAUUUUUUUCAGUUACAAAAGUGUUCAAAAGUGUCAUCAUGCUGUAUAUGGCACACAUCCAGAUAAGUGUAUUACAACAUAUUUGACACAGAAGCCAAUACAUAAAUUACAGUCCCAUACAAAGAGCAACCUAUAUUUUGUGUACUACCAACUCGGGUGUCAACAGAAAACAUGAUGCCUUGGCUGAUCCCUUAAGCACUCCUCAGAGCAUCAGACACAACAUGCCCAGGUGUGAGGUAAUGUCUGUAGAGUCAAAUGAACAACAUUGAAAUGCUAAUGACUGAACACUGGCAGCGUCUUCAACAGUCCUUCUAGUAGUUGUCCUUGGAGGGAAUGUCAGGUCACAAUAGCUCUGUAGCAGGGCCAUCAUGCAGGGCCACCGUGCGUGUUUGUGUUGAGUUGGAACUCCCAGACGUUCAGAUACGGAUCAGAGAUGCCGAUAUAAAGUCCAGUCCUGAAAGGAGCGUGAUUACAGGUGCGCAGUCAGUCAGCCAGUGUGAUGGUUCAGGAACCUGUACCAGACAGUCAGUAAAAGUCUGUCUCCCAAAUGGCUCCCUAUGUAGGGCACUACUUUUGACCUAUGGGCCCGGGUCAAAAGUAGUGUACUACAUAGGGAAUAGGGUGCCAUUUGGGACACAGCCAAAGAAUGCUACUGUGGAGGGAACAUGGCGUACCACGGAACCAGUCUGGCCUCACAGAGACAAUAGGAUGCAGUUAACUUUAAUCACCUCAGGAAGACAUCAAGACUGCUAAGAUUAGCACAUUUUGGUCUUGUGUUGGUAUAUAAGAAACGGCAUUGUUUGUUUUGUUACCCUGGCUCUAGUUCAGAGAGAUCCAGCCUUGUUUACAACUUGUCCAAAUGCACAAUAGAGAGAUUGUCCAACUGUUGUCAAUCAAAGCUGAGCAACAACACCUCUGUAAAUAUAUAACGCCCUUUGUUGUCUAGGUGUCGCACAGCACAACGAGGAAAGUGAUGGUGGUCAAGAUCUAUAAGAAGGACGUGGACCAGGACAGCAUCGUACGAGAGAUCAGUCUACUCCAGAAGCUCUCACACCCUAACAUUGUCAGGUCAGUCCCUUUCCAACAUAUAUGACAAAUGCUUGUUUUUAGAGGAAGAUGUGUAGGAGUUGCAACAAAAAAAAGGUGUAACACCGGGAUAGUAAUGCAAACUAUUAUUAUCCUCAUAGGUAUCUUGGAAUCUGUGUACGAGAAGAAAAGCUGUACCCGAUAUUGGAGGUAAGUCUCCGUUUUUUGGUGCUCAUGUUCUUAAUCCCUUAUAGCACCAAUAUUCUCCUCUCAGUAUCUGUGCAUCUCACCGUAGUAGCAAGAGAUUGGUAUGCCUGUGUAAAACCCAUAGAAAUGAUUAUCUCUAUGGUAUAACCCAUCUCCAUAGACACAAAUGUAGAUUCUCUAUGGUACUUUCCCUCUGUAUUUGUGCACCUGGCAGUAAUCAUGGUUGUUGAAAGGAAUAGAUUGCUAUGUAUGUAGGAUAUCUAUGUACUUUAUAUGGUACUGAAAAAAGGAUCCAUCUCCAUAGACAUGAAUAUAGGAUCUAUAUGGUACUUAUGCACCCCCUCUCUGUGUUGUGCCAGUAUGUGAGUGGGGGCUGUCUGGAAGACCUCUUGGCCCAGGAGGACGUGUCUCUGUGUUGGAGGGAGAAGGUGGACCUGGCCUGUGAUAUCAGCAGAGGCAUGACCUACCUGCACUACAAGAACAUCUACCACAGAGACCUCAACUCCAAGGUAUACACAAACACACACACAUACGCACACAAGUACACACACACAUAUGCGCGCACGCAUGCACACACACACCACUGCCAGGGUCUCGUCUGGUUAUUUCUUGAUCUGUAAAUCAGAUAACUAGGGUCAGCCAACUAUUUUCUCAAGCACGUAGAUCAGGGAUCAUCAACUAGAUUCAGCCGCGGGCCCAUUUUUUUCUUGAGCGGAUGGUCAGGGGGCCGGAACAAAAUUAGGAAUAAUUUGUAGACUGCAAAUUGACCGCAAGAACCCAAACAGAUGUAAUAUUUGACUAAAACAUAAUAAUUUCAAACCUUGCUUACAUUUGUAUACGAUCACAUAUAUCGCUCUAUUAUGCAUGGGAAUACUCUGGAACAGAUUUCCAAAAUAAAAAUUAUUUGGAGCUGAUUUGCUGGUGUUUUUAGUCUUUUAUGUCCAACAAUAAACCAUUUUUUUUUUUUUUUUUUUUUUGGCUCCAAAAAACUUGGGGGGCCAAAUAAAAUCACCUUGGGCCGCCAGUUGAGGAACCCUGACGUAGAUAGAUAUCCACUCUAACUGCACUAUACCCUAACACCCAUAAUAGGGACCUAACCUAGUGCCUACUUUAACUCUACUAGCUUUAGCAGAACUGAACCUUUCACUGUUUCACUGUAUACAACGCAAAUGCUAAGCUGCAGGGUUUGCAUUCUUCAUAGCCUGUAUUAGUCCCACUGGACAACUUUGAGAAAAAGUAAGAAUAAGUCCUCUUUGAAACAGUGUUAGCUCUUAUUCAUGCCGCUUUAGUUAUAAUAAAGCUUGUUUUUGCCAGCAUAGGCAGAUUACAGGGAUCCUGCCUCAGAUACCACUGACUACUGACUGAAUUUCACUGUAGGGGAGACAUUCCUAUCAAUGUGGUGUUUUGUUAAAGUCAUGGGCCUCCCCAGAAGCUGGCCCUGCUAUUAAGUCCUUCUCAAAGGCUGCAUCCCAAAUAGCACCUAUUCCCUAAAUAGUAGAGCAAAAGUAGUGAAUUGUUUAGGGAAUAGAGUACCACUUAAUAACAGGGCCAUCUUCUGGGAAGGCCCAUAACUGAAACUAAACCCCACAUUGAUAGGAAUGUCAAUGUACAGUGUACAGUAAGUAAGCCUUGUCCGAACCGGAACAGCCCAUAGGACAGAAGUCUAUCUCAUGUUUCUAUAGCGUGAGGCAGUAUGAUGUACAAGUACACCCCCUGGACAGGACCCUAGUCUAUAAAACAAGUAAGAGGGGGCUGAGGUUGGGUGUUUUCCACCUCCUAGAUAAUUAAAUUUACAUUAUCCUCUAUGUGAACCUUAUGCAAGGGGUUGUUUAUAUACAAGCAUGCACACACUCACAUCUCCCUUUCUCAUUAUCUAUCCAUCCCAGUCCAAAUUCCUCUCUUUAGUAGUAAACCACAUCAGUGAUGAGAUGAUGAUGGGUUUUGGUGGGUGUGAUCCUCCCAUUGCUCCAUUGCUCUGUCAUUACAGGCCAUGGUGUGGCAGGAAACGCCCUGCAUGCUCUAACUUGAACCAGUCAUGUCUCCCCAGCAGCACCAGGGAUAGAGAGGUUAUAGAGAUAUGCUGAAUUCUUUUUUAUAAAACACAGUUACAGAUACUCUCUGUCUAACCACUGGCCCAUAGGUCUAGAUACAGAUAUUGUCUAAAUCACUGUCAAUGACCUAUUGGUUGAAACGUACUGUUACGAUCUGUCAUUAGUCUCGGAAACCCAGACCUAGGAACAAGAGCACUAGAUCUGGGGAGGAUGUCGGAUUCUCUUGGACAUUUUGAAAGGGAAAUCUCUCAUCUAAAGUUUGGGUAGGCGGGGCUUAAAAUGAGGGUGUGAAGUGUGCUCAUAUUUAGCUAGGGCAACAAGUGGAUACGGCAGUGAUGUCACCGGUGACUCACGUCCCAUUUCCAACUUCUCCUCUCUGUCCCAACUAACGCCGGAACUUCUACAGACGUGUAAGCUGGAGCAUUGGUACAUUGUGGGAGGCAACCCAUCUGUCUAGAGAGACUACUCUGUCAUCACUAGCAUUGGGCCAACAAAAUGUCCCCCAGGUCACGUCUCAAUAAUUCACUGUUCAGAGAGGAUGGGUGGUGAAGGGACGUUUCAGACUGGAUUAUGAGGCAGCCUGCUAAACCAGCUGGUUUCAGAUGGGUACUGUUUGUCCUGAUGCAGGAGCCAUAGUCAGCUCAGUAAAUGACAGAGGAACGAAUCUCAAGUGUGUUUUCACAGUCACAUCCAAUGUUAUGAUUGUUUCAAUUAUUCGCUGUCCAUGUGCCUCUUUGUCCAUGUUAGAAUUGUGUGGUUUGACCUCCAGCACAGUGAUCAGUCAUACCUGUCAGCACUCCAACAGUGAAUAAAGAGGUGUUUCAUAUCAUGUAGAAACAUAUGAAUGUACAGUCUAUGGAAUUAGGUUGCUACCUCCAGGCUCAAACGCAGAUAGAAUGGAGGAGGUUAAAAUUGCUUUGUCUUGUGGAUGUAGAAGUGUUUCACUGACCUCUUGUGGUCAACAUGUUGCACUGCAGUGUGACUAGAGGAUUACUUCAGUUAUUGCCUUUCAAGUGAAUACCAGCUCUAUGAAUAUUUACUAUACAUUUAUGAAUACAUUUUUAUAUCUACUGUAUAGUAAAUUUGAAUAGAUGUAAUAGAUUUGAUAGCAGUGACCAGUGCUUGUAAUAUGAGUAAUGUUCUGAACGUUGUGUGUGUGCAGAAUUGUAGGCCGGCAUUGUGUUAGGCCGUCAUUGUAAAUAAGAAUUUGUUCUUAACUGACUUGCCUAGUUAAAUAAAGGUUCAAUUAAAAAGAAAUGUAAAAAAGAACUGUUGUCUAACGUUGUCUGAACGUUGUGUGUGUGCAGAACUGUUGUCUAACGUUGUCUGAAUGUUGUGUGUGUGCAGAACUGUCUGAUCCGGGAGACGUCUCGGGGCAGGGAGGCGGUGGUGACAGACUUUGGUCUGGCCAGGGAGGUAAUGGUGGAGCUGCCGGCUAACGACCCUGAGAGGAAGAUGUCUCUGGUGGGUUCUGCCUUCUGGAUGGCCCCCGAGAUGCUCAGAGGGGAACCCUACGACCGCAAGGUAGGUAGACUACACACACUCAUUGUAUCCCAAAUGGCACCCUAUUCCCUUUUGAGUGCACUACUUUUGACCAGAGCUCAAUGGGCCCUGGUCAAAAGCAGUGCACUAAAAAGGGAAGAGGAUGCCAUUUGGGACACAGAGAGUCUUACACCCUGAUAUAGAAAUAACUAGGAUUUUAUUUAAUGGUUUCCACUGAAUGAUAGAAAAUACAUACAUCUGAUCCUUCCUAUUUUAAUCCAUUCAUAACAUUAAUUUAAUUGAUUUAAUUCAUUAAUGGAAUGGAAUGGAAUUAGGACGAUGAAGUCAAUAACAUAACUUCUUUCCUCCAGGUGGAUGUCUUCUCCUUUGGGAUCAUGCUGUGUGAGAUUUUGGGCCGGAUCCCAGCAGAUCCAGAGAUCCUUCCUAGAACACGGGUAAAUAAAAAACAUACACACACACACACUUAUCAAAACUAAAGAACCAUAGACUACUAGAUUUAGACUGACACUAUACAGUGAGGGAAAAAAAUGUAUUUGAUCCCCUGCUGAUUUUGUACUUUUGCCCACUGACAAAGACAUGAUCAGUCUAUAAUUUUAAUGGUAGGUUUAUUUGAACAGUGAGAGACAGAAUAACAACAAAAAAAUCCAGAAAAACGCAUGUAAAAUUUUUUAUCAAUUGAUUUGCAUUUUAAUGAGGGAAAUAAGUAUUUGACCCCUCUGCAAAACAUGACUUAGUACUUGCUGGCAAAACCCUUGUUGGCAAUCAAAGAGGUCAGACGUUUCUUGUAGUUUGCCACCAGGUUUGCACACAUGUCAGGAGGGAUUUUGUCCCACUCCUCUUUGCAGAUCUUCUCCAAGUCAUUAAGGUUUCGAGGCUGACGUUUGGCAACUUGAACCUUCAGCUCCCUCCACAGAUUUUCUAUGGGAUUAAGGUCUGGAGACUGGCUAGGCCACUCCAGGACCUUAAUGUGCUUCUUCUUUAGCCACUCCUUUGUUGCCUUGGCCGUGUGUUUUGGGUCAUUGUCAUGCUGGAAUACCCAUCCACAACCCAAUUUCAAUGCCCUGGCUGAGGUAAGGAGGUUCUCACCCAAGAUUUGACGGUACAUGGCCCCGUCCAUCCUCCCUUUGAUACGGUGAAGUUGUCCUGUCCCCUUAGCAGAAAAACACCCCCAAAUCAUAAUGUUUCCACCUCCAUGUUUGACAGUGGGGAUGGUGUUCUUGGGGUCAUAGGCAGCAUUCCUCCUCCUCAAAACACGGCGAGUUGAGUUGAUGCCAAAGAGCUCCAUUUUGGUCUCAUCUGACCACAACACUUUCACCCAGUUCUCCUCUGAAUCAUUCAGAUGUUCAUUGGCAAACUUCAGACGGCCCUGUAUAUGUGCUUUCUUGAGCAGGGGGACCUUGCGGGCGCUGCAGGAUUUCAGUCCUUCACGGCAUAGUGUGUUACCAAUUGUUUUCUUGGUGACUUUGGUCCCAGCUGCCUUGAGAUCAUUGACAAGAUCCUCCCGUGUAGUUCUGGGCUGAUUCCUCACUGUUCUCAUGAUCAUUGCAACUCCACGAGGUGAGAUCUUGCAUGGAGCCCCAGGCUGAGGGAGAUUGACAGUUAUUUUGUGUUUCUUCCAUUUGCGAAUAAUCACACCAACUGUUGUCACCUUCUCACCAAGAUGCUUGGCGAUGGUCUUGUAGCCCAUUCCAGCCUUGUGUAGGUCUACAAUCUUGUCCCUGACAUCCUUGGAGAGCUCUUUGGUCUUGGCCAUGGUGGAGAGUUUGGAAUCUGAUUGAUUGAUUGCUUCUGUGGACAGGUGUCUUUUAUACAGGUAACAAGCUGAGAUUAGGAGCACUCCUAAUGCAAAUCAAUUUAUAAAAUUGUUGACAUGCGUUUUUCUGGAUUUUUUGGUUGUUAUUCUGUCUCUCACUGUUCAAAUAAACCUACCAUUAAAAUUAUAGACUGAUAAUUUCUUUGUCAGUGGGCAAACAUACAAAAUCAGUAGGGGAUCAAAUACUUUUUUCCCUCACUGUACAUGGGGAAAUUAUACCACAACUGAGGCAUGAGUUAAUUAAAUGUAAUUCCCCACAACUCAGACAUUAUAUUGAACGUGAUCCUGCAACAUAAUUUGGCGAUUAGCUGUCUUGUGACUUGAUAGCACUCUUUAGUUAUUAGGCCAGUGACAGUGACAUUUUUAUGUAGAUGAUGGUGAAAUGAGUCAUCUAAUGUCCCUUUCUGUCGUCCCUGGGAUGAUCAAGACAAGGUCAGAGACAGGGAGCAGAGAGAGACUUUAAUGUGCUUGUUGAGGUUUCACCUAAAUUAGAUUUAUUUGUGACAUUUGUCAUUAGAAGUGGGAGGACCGCAGGGUCAGUUAGUCACACUGCUAUCCUAUCUAUACAGUAUGUGUUAUGCGAAUUCAUCAGUAGUCCCUGAUGAUCAAAACAGAGGGAUAUACAGUAGCCUGUACACAAUAGUGAUGAUCUCAAGACUUCAUUUUUUGCCAUGACGUACAUUGGUUAUCUGAUCUAGCUCUCUAACCUGUAACUACUUAGUGAUACUCUAUGGGCCCGUACAUGGUGUACAAUGCAUUUGACACAGUGUUUGUUCUCUCUGCAGGACUAUGGUCUAGACGUCGAGGCCUUCAGUGAGAUGGUCCAGGGUUGUCCACGACGCAUCCUGGAGCUGUCAGCCAACUGCUGUCUGGUGAGUGUGGACUGGAGGGAGGGAGUGUGAGGAAGAAACAGAGAGAGAGGCUGAGAGACAACGUUAGAGAGAGAAUGUGAGAUCAUGUGUAAGAAAAUGAGAGAUUUAAGCCGGGGUUCAUUCCAAAGGGCAUUGACCGACAAACACAUGGCUCUUAUUUAGGUGUGCUUUUUAAAGGUAAUUUAAGUUUGACCCAACAUCUGCAGCGUUUAUCAUGAAUGCGAUCUCACAUUGUCUGUAUUUCAGUGCGUAGCGCUUUAACAGCACUAUAACAUGCUUCAAAAGAAUCCUGGUCAUAGAGUUCGCCUCAAAAAUACAAGAGUGUAAAAAAUACUUGCAUGUGCCAUCUACUAUAGAAGAUCACUCAUGUUGUCCUCUUGUCCUGUGGUUCAGAUGGACUCAUGUUGUCCUCUUGUCCUGUGGUUCAGAUGGAUGCGUUUCGGAGACCCUCCUUCUCAGAGUUGCUGGAUGAGUUGGAGGACAUUGCUGAGAGCCUGGAACCCCCCGACUCAGACCUGACUACUGGGUGA